AUGUCUGGCCAAAUCAAGACACGACUCAACCACGAUGCAUAUAACGUCGCUCUUAUAUGUCCCCUUGAGGUUGAAUUGAGUGCUGCACGGUACAUGUUAGAUGAAGAGCACGAUAGACUUCCAAACCGUUCUCAAGGAACCGGCUCUGCAACCACAGUUGCCACGCACUUGUCCCGGACAUUCCCGAAGAUUCAGCUACGUCUCCUAGUGGGAAUUGGAGGUGGUGUGCCGAAUGAGAAAAAUGACAUUCGACUUGGCGAUGUUGUCGUCAGCGCCCCGCGGGGAACAUUGGGCGGCGUCGUUGAGUACGACUUGGGGAAGCAAACUCCUCUCGGAUUCGAGAGGAAGGGAUUUCUCUGCCCACCGCCAACUGAGUGGAGGGGCGUGAUAACAACUAUUAAAUCCAAUCAUAGAACGAAUUCGAACAGAAUCAGCGAAUUUCUCUCGGACAUGUUCCAGAAAUUCCCUCGGCUGGUAGAAUAUUGGCGCCCCCAGCCAGACAUGGACAUCUUGUUCCAACCGGACUACCUGCACGAUCGACAGGAGACAACGUGCGCCAAUUGUGAUAAAAGCAGAGUUGUCAACCGGCCGGAACGACAGGCGGACGAGCCAGUCAUAUUCUACGGCUUGAUAGCAUCAGGAAACCACUCCGGUGGCGCUCUAUGUUUCGAGAUGGAAGCUGCGGGUCUGAUGAAUGAUUUCCAGUGUAUUGUCAUUCGAGGCAUAGCGGACUAUUCCGACUCGCACAAAAAUGAUGUCUGGCAUCCGUAUGCGGCAGCGACAGCGGCAGCAUUGGCGAAAGAGAUCCUUUCCUAUAUGGAUGCAGUUGGUACAAAUGAGCAGUUCUUUGAAAUCGCCCGGCCAGCCAGUCAUUUCACCGCCCAGCCGCGAAUGGAUCGUAUCCGAAACCUCAAUCCAAAUAUACCCGAUGAACGGCAGAGGCUAUAUAAGUUGUUUCUCGAGUCCCUAGCACCAGGUAAUCCAACUCAAGAUGACACUUACGCCGCUGCAGCGAGGCAUUUUAGUGAACACAUGCUUUGGAGGUUCACACCAAGCGGCUCAUGGAGACUCUGGAUGCAAAAGUACAUUCAAGGAGGAUACCCCAUAAAUAUUCGUGAUUAUGACGGCAAGGCACCUCUUCACCAUGCCGUAGAAACACAGUAUGAGCGGCGGGAAAAGGUACAAAGCCUGGUUCUGGCUGGAGCGGACUACGCCAUGAAAGACUACAUGGGACAGACGCCGGUUGAUGCGGCAAGCCUAACUGACCAGUCUAUAUUUGCCUACUUAUUGACAUCGUUGCCUCGCGAUAUUUCCUCGAAUAACAUCAUUAUUACGAAGCCCGAGACGGCUGAUGACUUCAAGGGCGUGCUCAUCGACCUUGACCAGGCGAAAGUGAGAGACAGUGGUCCAAGCGAGGCGCGACACCAGACCGGUACAAUGCAGUUCAUGGUGAUCGAGGUGCUCCGCAAGGCCGAUCACACCUACCGCCACGAUCUGGAGUCGGUUCUUCUACGUCAUGCAACCUAUAUUCCUUGCACCGUCCCGGCAACAAGCGAUAAAAUUCAGCGUCCGACUCCCUUGAAUGGACAUCGCGUUAGGGUUGGUGCCGUGGCGGGGUCGUUGAGCGCUCGCCACACUCCCCUUCUGUCUGCUGGCCACGGAUGGGGCCGAAUUCCUUCGUACUUAGGGCAGCGGAGGAUGAGGUGA